UAGAUUGGAUUAGAUUAGAUACACACUACACAGUACAGUACAGCACAAAAAGCGUUGUUGAGUUGAGUCGCGUUUGUUACGCUGUGUUUCUUCUUUCUUUCUCAUUCGAUUCCAGCGGUUCAAUCUCUAUCUACCAUCAAUUCAAUUUCUUUGUUCUCGUGUUCCUCGAGUAUACGAUUUGAUUCGGUGGUGAGAGAUAGAGAUUGAUAGAUCCCAUUUACGACGACGACGACGACGACAUUUGAAUUAAUGCGAAAAUGGUUGUUAAAGUAAAGAGAGAAACUCUUGAAGCAUGCAUGACAUGUCCUCUUUGUCAAAAGCUUCUCAAAGAUGCUACUACCAUUUCUCUAUGCCUUCAUACUUUUUGCAGGAAGUGUAUAUAUGAGAAGCUUUCAGAUGAAGAGGUGGAUUGUUGUCCGGUAUGCGAAAUUGAUCUGGGCAUUCUUCCGGUUGAAAAGCUCAGGCCCGAUCACAAUCUGCAAGAUAUUAGGACCAAAAUAUUCCCUUUUAAACAUAAAAAGGUUCAAGCCGAAGAUCAGGCCGAAGAUCAACCCGAAGAAGUUGUUCCCUCAAUACCGCUGCCAGCAAAAAGGAAGGAAAGAUCACUUUCAUCAUUGGUGGUUAGUGCUCCCAAAGUUUCAACACAUACUAGCUUUACAGGAAAGAGAACAAAAACUGGUACAAGAAAGGCUGCUGGUUUACGUGGAUGCAGUUUUAUCCCUGAUGAAUCCAUAAAGGAAGAAACACGCGAUGAAGAUAAUCUGAAUUCUUCCACAGGUGAGACUUCUAAGAAGCAUAGAUCCAAUGAAGAUACAGACAACAAUAUUGACCUUACAGAGGGGAAGGCUGAUCUUUGGACGCCCUUGAACUGUCUUGUUGAAGCGGCCAAUAGAACAAAGCCCUCCAGGUCAAAUUUACAAGGGACUGCCAAAUUAGAGUCUCCAAUUACUCCUCAUGGUGGACUAGUGAUGUCAGAAACUACAACCAAAUUGGAGCCACCUACAUCUGCCCAUAGUGAAUUACACAUGCCGAAAACCAAGAACAAGAGUAAUGGACAUAAAAGAAAGUUUGGAGAUGACAAGGAUGGAAACACCUUGCCUUCAGGACCAGUGAAGCGAAAAAGGCUGCGUCCUUCUAAUCAGAAGAGAGCAGCAGCAUCUGAGAUGUCUGCCUCAGCCCACAACAGGAAAAACAGUCCUAUUUGGUUUACAUUAGUUGCUUCAGAAGACCAGAAUGGAGAAGUUUCCUUGCCACAGAUCUCGGCUUGCUAUUUAAGAAUAAAGGAUGGUACUGUACCCGUCUCAUUUAUUCAAAAGUACCUCAUGAAGAAACUUAAUCUUGCUAGCGAAGCAGAGGUGGAAAUAAUGUGCCGGGGUCAGCCUGUGCUACCAUCUUUGCAAAUGCAUAACUUAGUUGAUCUGUGGUUCUGCACAUCAUCAACAUCAAAAAAGCUACCGGCAUCUGUGGGAUCUUCGGCUAAGGACUUUGUGAUGGCUUUAUCGUAUUGUCGAAAGACCUUACCUCUUUGAGAUAGUCCCCUAUCCUAUCUAUUCAUAUUAUGUGGACUAUUACUUUACAUAGAUAUACAACUACGUGGUGAGAAAACUCAAGUGUUCCUACUUGGGAAUUUGUUCAUUUAUUUCUUUAAUGUUAUGCAUCGAUCUUUUCGAUUUGUUCCUCAUUA